CUUGUGGGAAGGCAGCAUCGCUGUCAUGCUGGUUGUCCGAGGGAAACACCUUACUGCUGUCACACCCUCUACAGUCAGCAGUACGACUUCGCCCUCAGACCUUGAGUUGCUGCUUUUAGUCUUACCGUUCACCAAUCGACCUGCCUGGCAUGGUAGAACCUACAGGAACAUAUGUUCCAGCCAAUAUAGCUCGGUUGGGUCAUCACGAUAGGCAAGCCCGACCACCGCGUCAAGGUAGCAGCUUCGAUCGGGUCCCAACUUUUCAUUAAAAUAUUCUACAUUAUUUCUACUAACACGAAUGGGUUGUGAUAAAUUUUACUGUUACUAACUUUCAUGACGAAAAGUCUUAAGAAGGUAGCUAUUCUUAUUUCAGCUCUUAAUGGUGAAUAAAUCAUUCUAAUAAACAGACUUUUACCGCCACUAUUGUCGUGGCUACUGUUUAGCUGAGGAAGUGGACGCGUAUUUCCCAUCAAAACCGAUAGUCCGCACAAACAAACCCGAUACAACAAUAAAAUCAGAAAAAUCUGGGUUGACUUUGGCACUAGAACAAGCUAAGCUGAGUGGACAUUUAAAAAGAAAUAAACUAUUCUCUGAUUUUGCUAUCUACGAUGCUCGGUCAACACUUGCUACAAAUCAGCAUGUUCCAGAUGGUCGCUUUCCCAAUGCAAACGUAGAUCCUUCUCUGCGCCAGUUCAAUGUUUGGCUCUGGAGGCUUAAUGGCUUCCCGCGCACGUCAAUUAAAGUGCAGCCUCGAGUGGGUACUACAGUGCAACAGUUUAUGGGGCUUACUUUAUGGCAGUAUUUUAAUGAGUUUUCAACAUCUGACAAUGAUUUGACACUUGUGCCAACUCAGUUAGAUGAUUUAGACGAAUCAUUUUUAAACCGUCUGGCUUUACACAUGUUUGAUACACUGGAUGAUGAAUGUGACGAUAGUGAAGAUGUAGAUUCAGAAUUUCCACCGCUUGAAUUGAAUGAUCCAAUUCAUAAAUAUGAAUUUAAGUCAUUUGCCCUGGUUGAACGAGUGGAAACACCAUUGGCAGAGGCAUCAAAGAAAGAAAUUUCGCAUGUGUUAGUCACAAUACAUAUGGCUCAAGGUAUGAGUGUACUCCGAUUCCCAUCGGAUACGUGUCUAAGUACAGUGUUAGAACGUGCUGUAUAUCGUCGUCGUCUACGCCAGCAUGGUGGUUAUGCUUAUCGAUUGGAACUUUGGCCACGGAACACAGACCAACAGAACAACAAUACAAAAAGCAAUAAUUUUCUAUUGAAUAAAAAUUCACAAUUAGAUAUGAGUAAACCAUUGAGUUAUUUUAUUGCUGCUGGUUUACCGUUACACUUUCUUCUUGUUCGUGAAAGCAGUCGGUGUGAUACAGCUCUUUCAGAUCAAAACGAUGAAAUUGAAGCAACAAAGUCAUCAGAAUCGAUGUUAGCGUUAGAUACAACAUUAGAACCAAUUCAUACAGCUUUACAUUUAAGACAAUAUCAGGUGACUUAUUUAAAAGGUCUUUUUCCACGUGAAGUUCAGCUAAAUAUUUCAUCAAAUGAAUUAAAAAUUGAACAAAAACGUCCAAAAUUAUUUUCUAAAUUAAUGAAAUCAAUUAUUAUACAAAUUAAUACAAUUGCUGAUUGUGAAUUAAUCACUAAUGGAUAUUCAACUUAUGGUAUAAUGGAUAAAUCAUCUAUUACAAUCCAUAAUCAUCAUAAUAUUGAUGAAUCAAAUCCAAAAUUUUCUGGUAAUUUAUGCACAGAUUAUGUAAUAGGAGGAAAUCAUAAAACAUCAAAUAAUAAUAAACAUUCUAUAACAACUGAACAAUCAUCCAAAUCAUUUUUAUCACAUAAAACACAAUUUAGAAUUGUUUAUAUUCCUAAUUUUGAUUUACAUUCCGAUUGGAUAACUUCACAAUUGACCACUUCUAUUGGUAUUGGUGGAGGUGGACGACCAACCGCUACUAAUGGCCAACAACAACCUCAUAUUCUUCUGCCACCAUCUUCUACAUCAACUAUUGUACCUUGUUUUGGACAAGAUUUACCUGAGGUCACAAAUACUAACAUGUUCAGUAGUACUGAUGCCAAUUGUAAUACUAAUAUUGCUAUGAAUAUAAAUACAAAUAACUCGAGUAUAUCAACUACUAAUAUUACUACUUCUACUUCUACUACUGUUAUCACUAACAGUAAUAAUAAUAAUAAUAAUAAUAAUAAUAAUAAUAAUAAUAAUAAUAGUUUAUUUCAACAAUUAUGCUUUGAAACACAAUGGUCACGAGCUAGAGCUAUAUGUGAUCAAUUGAAUAUUAUUUUAGAAGUAUGUCAAAGUCAAUCACGUCAGUUGUAUAUGAAACAAAGAUCCAUUCAUAAUUGAAGUACAUUUAUAUAUACAGACCGUCCACCUUGUAAAUUAACUUGGAUCAUUUUAUAUAUAUUCAUUAUUUCAAUUGUAUAUCAAAUUACUUUUCACAUGUAACUUCUUGUAUGUAUGAAUGUGUAUGCUUGUUUGUUCUGUGUGUAUGUGUGUGCGCCCAUGAGUCUGAAUGAAAAGUGAUUACACUCGAUGAUUGUAUAGUUUCUAACUUUAUUUUCAUAUAAAUCUUAACGCUAACAACCAUUCUGCCUUCUUCUCGUUCUUAUUCUUCCUAGAUUGGGUUGAUUAAAUAAUUUUUAUCGUAGCAUUACAACUCAUCGUCUAUUCAUGAAACUAAAAUGUUCUUAUUUAAAUCCUGAACUGAUCUAAGUUAGACCAUCAGUUAGUCAUCAUUGGAAACCUGGUGUUAUAUUUGAAGAGAUUAUGAUAUUAGCUAAACCAGUUAACACUCCGAUACCAUCACUUGGCGGCCUGCUUGAAUAUCUGGGC